AAUGUGAAAAGAUGAUAGGAUUGACUUGUUAAAAGUCUUGGUCUUGUUUCUCCAUUUUCAUACACAUUUUUUAAACAUCUCUCUCCCCUUUUUAUUUGAUUUAAUAGAUCUGGGUUUUUAAUUUCUUCAUGUUCCAGCUCUGCAAAACAAAGAAAGGGCAUCUUUUGUUCAGGGUUUAAGAUAUAUUACUUGCUGUAUUUUAGGAGUAGCUCCUUGCAUUACAUUGGGAGAGGAUCAUGUGCUUUUAUAUAAAUCUCAAAGUUAUGGUGUGAAAUGCAUCAACUUAGUGAUGAUGGGACAAACUAUGAUUUGUCGAACCAACUAUUAUCUGCCGCACAACAUAGAAUAUCUAUCUCAAUGCCUUACACUAUUAGCUCUGUGAAGAAGAACAAUGAUGCGGGUAACAACUCUGACUUUCUAAGCAGGCAUAAUUCUAAUGAAAGUUCCAAUUUGAAGAAUUUAGACGAAAAUGACAAUCCUAGCCAUUUCCAAGACCAGGAGUUUAUGGAACUUUAUUUACGGGUCCAAGCGCAAAAGAACGAAAUAAUUUCUCUUCGGGAGCGGAUUGCUGGUGCCAGUGUUAAGGAUUUGCAGUUAUUGAAUGAGAAGUAUACACUGGAAAGAAAAGUUGCAGACAUGCGAAUGACUCUAGAUGAGAAGCAAAAUGAGAUUGUAAGCAUUGCCGGUGAAGAAAUAGCUCGCAGAAAAGGUGAUCUGGAAAACAAUCUAAAUUUAAUUCAUGAAUUGAAGGAAACAGAAGCUGAGAGGUAUAUAUUUGUGUCAUCCAUAGUUGCUCUAUUAGCGGAGUAUGGCAUCUCGCCUCGUGUUAUUAAUGCUUCUACUCUUUCGUACAAUGUAAAGCAUCUACAUGAUCAGCUGCAGUUGAAGAUUAAAACUAUGCAAGCUAAAAUCGGAAAUUUAUACUCCACAGUAGAGAAGCGUAAAGCUGUCGGUAAUUCUGCCAUCAGAGAUAUUCCUGGUUCUAGUCUGUUGACUAAUCCAUAUGCACCGCCGAGUCAGAGUGAAUUUUCUUUCCAUAAUAAUCCUAUCAAUGAACGACAUAUGGAACCAGUUUUUAGUAUGUCAAGAAAUGCGCACAACAACAAUGAUUCUGGUCAAAUGACAAAUUCAAUACCUAAAGAUCGGAUGGUAUCAAACUCUGAUAGGGAGGUUGCACAAAUCAGUCACAACAAUUUUGUUGACAGAAGAGGAAAUAUGACAUACGAAGAGAAGCCUGACCUCUCUAAUCCUCUCCACAGGAAUGAUACUGAUGUUGAUUAUGAUUAUGAUUCAGAAGAAGACGGACCUGGUAUAGAAGGAUUUCAAAUUAUUGGAGAUGCUAUACCAGGAAGUAAACUUUUAGGAUGUGGUUAUCCUGUGCGCGGAACUUCUCUCUGCAUGUUUCAGUGGGUUCGCCAUAAUCAAGAUGGCACUCGACAAUUCAUUGAAGGAGCCACCAAUCCAGAAUAUACUAUUACAGCUGAUGAUGUUGAUAAACUUGUUGCUGUUGAGUGCAUACCAAUGAAUGACCAAGGUCAUCAGGGUGAAAUAGUCAGGCUUUUUGCAAACGAUCAAAACAAAAUCACAUGUGACCCAGAGAUGCAGCAGGAGAUUGACACAUAUAUAUCUGAAGGCGAAGCUGUAUAUAAUGUGCAGUUAUUGAUGGAACCGUCAAAAGACUGGGAGCAGACAACCCUCAUUUUGCAAAGAACAGGUUUCCAGAUACAGAUCAAUAAAACACAGGACAUAAUGUCUGAUAGUUUCUCGGUUGACUUUUCGAUUAAUAUUCCGGCUGGGAUGACAUCACAAUUUAACAUAGGGUGUUCAGAUGGCUCUUCCUACUCUUUUAAUGCCAGCAGUAUGCGAAUGCGUGACAUUAUCGUUUUGACCAUGAGGAUGUUUCAAAACAAGGCUUUGGAUGAGAAGCGCAAAGGGAGAUCUUAAAUUUUGUUUUUUGUCGCUGAUAUAUUAAAGAAUAGGAAUUAGAUAUAUUCUUUAUUAGGUAGAGGAAUAAAAUUAAUGAGUUUUUGUCAUCAUUGGUGGUCUUGGUCUCUGUUGUUGUAAUGUGAAGUCGAAGAGAGUUUUGAGAGGAAAUGUGUAUAAUUUGUAUUACUAGACUAUAGUUUAGCAUGAUUGUUAUAUUCUAUAUUUAUGAGAAGGUGCAAAAUUUAUUUCUUUC